AUGGCUUUCGUGAUGGCAAAGAGCUCCGCCUCUACACCAGGCUCUGCCAUGCUGUCCGCGAGCACGAAAGCUUCGGCGCAGCCGCCGCCACAGGGCAAAGCCCCAGUGCAGGUGCCACCCAAAGCGCAGCUGGCAGCACAGCCACCAGGUGUGCGGAUCAAGGCGCUGGACGCCGCGAUCGAGGCAGACCCGUUCGAUCUCAACAGUUGGGAUGCGCGACUGCGCGAGGCGAUCCAGGAGGGCAAAGCGGAGCCGGUCUUCGAGCGGGCUGUGACACAGCUGCCGUAUGCAGCUCGAAUUUGGGCGGCCUAUGCCGAAUGGUCCGAGAUGCAGGACUCUGCAGCGGCUCUGGGGGUGUACAGCCGGUGUCUACAGCAAGUGCCGAAUCUGGACCUUUGGCUGUCAUUCCUCAACUUCUCCAAGCGGCAUCAGACGCUCGAGGAGGUCCUGCGAUCGUAUGGAAGAGCCCUUGAUGUUCUCGGCAGCGACUGGCGGGCUGCACCAAUUUGGUCCGACUAUCUCGCUCUGUUGAAGCAUGCCUACAAUGUCCAGCAGAAGAGGGAGAACCCGGAUGCAGAACUGCAGGGGAAGCUCUUGGCCGAAGACCCGAAUCCAAUUGACAGCGCGCGACGAACACUGAAGCCCGCGCUGAAGCAAAAGCAGGAGGAAGCUGGGAGGGCAUCCGCAGAUAUAUCAGAUGCGGAAUUCCUUCGUGUGUCGGAGAUUCUGAAGAUUGACACGGAUUUCCUACGUUGCGUUUUCCAGCGCUGUGCGGGGGCUUCGCACAGCACCAUGGACAAGCUCUGGGUGGGCUACGAGCAGUUUGAAAAGUCGCAGGGCAAUCCGGCCUUGGCGGCGAAGCUGAUGUCCGAGCACAUGCCGCGGUACGUCCGUGGCAAAGCAGCAUACAAGGAGCUCUCGCAACUGGCUGCAAACAUCGAUCACUAUGCAGUGGCUGUGCCGCUGACACCACAGAAUGUGGCAGACCAGAGCAAACUGUUUGAGAAAUGGCGGGCUGUGCUUCGCUUCGAGCGAACGAACCCGCUCCAGUUGGGCACCGAAGAGCUGACUGCACGGGUUGCCCUCGUCUACCAGCAGGCGUCGCUGGCAUGCGGCUUCUUUCCGGACUUGUGGUUCGACUUCUCCGCAUGGUUGGACUUGGGCGGGAAGCAGGAGGAGGCCACGGACGUCCUGCGCAAGGCAGUUGAGCGGUUCUUGCCAAAGGAUCUGACUCUGCGACUGCUGCUGGCGCAGCGCUUUGAGCUGGGCGAGUCGCCCUUGGUGGCAAGCAAGCUGGAAGCAGCAGACGACGAGUACAAGAAGUUGAUGGAGGACAUGCCGAAGCCGUGCCCACUAGCGCUCAUCAACUACCUUGCUUAUGUUAGAAGACAACGGGGAGCAAAUGACUUCCGGGAUACAUUCCUGGAAGUAACGGAGGCAUCUCCGCACUGCAGCUGGGAGGUGUACGUGUUUGCGGCUAUGACGGAGUAUCAUGUGUACGGCUCCAUCGAGGCGGCGGCUGCUGUCUUCCGCUUGGGCCUGGACCGCUAUGCGGACCGUGAGCCGGCCUUGCUCGCCGCCUACGUGAACUUCCUGCAAGGUUGCAACGAUCUGCGCAGCGCGCGCGCAGAGCUUUCGCAGGGUGUCCUCGAGCGACUGCAACAGGCUGUGCGCGAUCGGCUGGCAAAUCGCGAGGAGAGUCUUGGACUUCGGGAAAGUUUGGCCUUUCUGUGGCAGAAGUGGGCGAGGCUAGAAUGCUACUUCGGCGACGCAGAGGCAGUGCGGCGUGCCACAUCCUUCCGUGAUUCCGAGUAUCGCAACCUCCAGCGGGACCUGGAAGUAGAUGCCGAAAAUAUCUUGCAAACACCUAUCUCUUUGGGCCUGUCCACCUCAAUCCAAGAAGUGGAAGAAGGUUUCCGUUUCCUCCAUCUGAUUCCCAGGUCAACUCGUCCUCAGCUUGCGGCCUGCACAGAGGUUGUGGAAACGGUGCAGCUCGAGGAUCAAUCUGUUGCAGAUGCAGAAGGUGAUCACAGACGCUUGGGGAAUGCAACUCCGGCGAUUGGGCUUUCUUCUCACAUUGCGCGUCCUGACACCUCCAAGAUGUUGACAUUCAGACCGGCGCUGGACGUUGCCAGUGUUCGGAAGAGGCAGCUGGAAGCAGGUCAGGAGCGUGAAGACAAAGCUCAGCUGCCGGUGAUGAUUCCAAAGUGUCUCCAAGACCUGCUGGCCGUGCUUCCUUCCAGGCCACUGAAAGGAGCAAAGCCUGAUGUGGACUACCUUCUCACAGUCCUACAGACGGUGUCGAUUCCUCCAGUUCCUGUGAAGGAGCUGGAUACAUUCCGGUACGAUAGUCUGCGACUUCUGAAGACAGAAGAGGACACUCGCAGGUUCGUGAAAGAUGAGGAUGAUGGGCGGAGGCCGCUGCUGGAGGCGAUGAAAGAUGCACUUCGACGUGGUCUGCGGUGUCGCGGAAACUGUGCGACGGGCAUGAACUUGGUCGGAGGAGUGGAAUGGAACAGGGCCAGCCCCGUUUCGCAGGAUGGACAGAGCACCAUCAUGGAGGAAAACAGUGCAGUUGGCAGUGCCAGAACGCUUGACUGGCUGGACGUCCGCUCGAAAAAGCCGUUUGCGCCUGAACUAAUGGCGUCCCUGGACCAGCCUUAUGACAAGGAGCAGAAGCGACUUCGGCGUCUUCUGGAUGAGGCAAGACAAGAGGGGCGAACACCGGACGAUUCUUUGCUUCAGCGCUGUGGAAGGCACGGUCUUCUCAAUGAGGUCCUGGAUUUGCUGGAUGAGAACAGAGGCGUCGCAGUGGAGGCUGCGAUCGCGGCUUGCGUUCCCACUGGACGAUGGCAACAGGCUCUAUCCUUUAUCACCAGUCUUCAAAAAGAGGGUCUGGAGAUCAGCCAGAAGGCUACAGAGCUGCUUUGGCUCGUCGGCCGCGUGUCGUCGAAGGAUCCUGGAGAAUCGUUCAAGCAGGCGAUCGCAGUACUGCCACAUGGGCUGGAAAUUCUGGGAGUGCUCUGCGCUGCUUCGGCAAAGCCAGAGUGGCCUUUCGAGAUCGCCAGCAUCGCCAGCUCGCAGCACGCUCGUGGAUUGCUUUUGCUGGCAACCCGAGCAGAGGACGGCCAGUUGAAAGCUUGGGAUAUGCAGCGAGGCGUAGAACGAAGCCACUGGAGAGUUUCGGAGCCAUCGGAGAUCUGUGUGUACUCUUCGCUAAGCAUUGUCCUACCCAAGAUUCAGGCUGACGCCACUAUGCUCCUAACCUCACUGGAAUCUGACCUCUCAGCGAUACGCUUUCGCUUCCCCGGAACACAGCUGGUGCCAUCAUUGGCCGACUUGACCGACAAAGCGAAUGUUCCGUACAGUGCACCUGAAUCUGGGCUCGUAGCAGUGGAAGUCUUGUCUGAGGCUCUGGGAAGCGAAGGGCACUCCAACUUUGCGGAGUUCCAGUGCCAGGGGCAAGCUGAGCACCGCGUGGACUUUGCUGCCUAUGUUUCUCCGAAUUCGCUGCAAGUUGUUGCCCAGUCGCUUGUUGAAGCUGCCAAGCUUCAGUUGCGGCAGUUGAUCCGGGAGGUUUCGCAAGACCACCUUGCGAACGGCACAAGUUUCGCAGUCUGCUGCUACCAGCUCGACAAACAUGUUGUCUGUUUAAGAGGCACAGAAGUUCAGAGCACCCGGCGUGAACUGCACCGGCUGCUACGCCUUCCUGCGGCGCCACUGCUGGUUCCCAGCGCAGCGCUGCCGCUUGCCGGCCAGGCUCCGGUGAUGGCCACUGGGAAGCCGAGGAAUCCGCACAGCAGUUGCGGUUCAAAGCCGACCUGGUGGAGAGGCUCAGCCUCUACCCAAGCCGCUUUCGUCAAAGGCAUAUAUGAGUACCACCACUACAUGCAGGACAACUUUGAUGACAGUGGCUGGGGCUGUGCGUAUCGUUCUUUACAGACUUGUGUCAGCUGGUACCGGCUGCAGCACUACAGCUGUGCUUCAGUUCCGAGCAUCCCUGACAUCCAACACCUGUUGAAACAAAUAGAUGAGGCGCAUCGAGAGCUUGAAGUGGGUAGCAAGAAAUGGAUAGGCACUGUGGAGGGCAUGUACCUUUUGCAGGAGUACCUGCAGGUUGAUUGUAAGAUGAUGUAUUGCCAAGAUGCCACGGACAUGGCGAGCCAGGCACAGCAAAUGCUUCAUCACCUGGAAACGGAGGGCACGCCAAUCAUGAUGGGUGCUGGUAUGUAUGCCUACACGAUUGUUGGGCUCUGCUUUGAUUCUGCCACUGGGGACACAGCAUACCUCGUUGUCGAUCCUCACUACCCAGGGCAGGACGACAUCAAGCCCAUCCUCCAGAAGGGCUGGGUUGGCUGGAAGAACCUCGAUUUCUUUGAGAAAAGCACUGAAGGAAGCUUCAUUAACUGCUGCUUACCCCUGGUGCCCCGUGGUGCGGAGCAUUUGUAA